AUGAAGGCUAAAAAGGGACAUAUUACUCGAAAACAACGUUUGGCAAAAAAAGAAGUCGAAGCCAAAGCACUUGUAGACAAAGCGAACUCUCUCGUUGAUCCUCUCUCAUUAUUGGAUUCAUUUAAAUCUUUUACAGCAACUAAUAAUGCCAAGUUUAAUUUAACAUGUCAGAAAAUUAAAGAUUUAUCGCCAGAAUUAUUAUCAUGGAUUUUUGAUUUAAUGGAGCGAAAUAUGAAGACUUUAUACGAACAAUCUCAUUGGGGAUGGAAUCAAAGUUCUAAACAAAAAGAAUUGACUGAACCCACGGCUUGUUAUAAAGUGGACACAACAAGCCCAUCCGAUUGGGAAAAUCUAGAUUACUUAAUUCUAAGUAAAUAA